AUGGUGCUCAAGACCUGGGAGCGUCCCUUAUUCAUGGGACCCCUGGCAGCAGGCUGGCAGCUGCCGCUCGUACAGGCUCUCUGCAGGUUGCGCUCUGCGCCGCAGCCGCCAGGUGUGCGCCAGCUCGGACCCGGGCCAGUCCGCAGCCCGAAGCGUGGCCGAUGCUCCCAGAGGGCGCCCAGCCCGUCCCGCUCCUCCGCCGCCGUCUCCUCUCCUCCUGCCUCGCCCGCCCGUCUCGGUUUCCAGAACCCGACAGCUUCGGAAGAGGCGCGUUCCGUCCAUCACCUCCUUGAUUCUCGCCGCCUCCUCUUAGCAGCCUGCCUGGGCUCCCUACUGCCUGCUCUUGGCCUUUCCCCACUCUGCCCUGGAGGACAUUUUCCAGCCUAUGCACUAUGUCUCCACUCUCCUCUGCUUGAGAGGUGGCAUCCCAUCUUCAGGACUGGUCCCACAGCUCCUUCAGGACGAGCUCUGGCCCCUGCCUCACGGACCUCUGUGCUGGGGACUGCCUCAGUGUCCUCAUCUGCCCUAGCCCGAGGGAGGAGGAAGGAGGGAGGAGAGCUGGCUGUUCCUGGAGAGGCAGCAACUGAGGAUUUCAGACCACGGCAAGAGCAGGCUAACAGAGCACAGGCUCCGGACGCGCAGGCUCAGCGGCCAUGGCUCACGGGCCCAGCUGCUCCGCGGCAUGUGGGAUCUUCCCGGACCGGGGCACGAACCCGUGUCCCCUGCAUCAGCAAGUGGACUCUCAACCACUACGCCACCAGGGAAGCCCUAGAGCAUUUUUUUUAACAAAGACUUUACCUAGAUUACUUUUAAAGCUCAAUUAUGGACAUUUCCAAACAUGCACAAAGGUAAAGAGAAGAGAAUAAAAUACCUCCAGGUAUCCAUCACCCCAUCAUCUGAUUUUAUUCAUCUCCAUAUAAACCCUCCCCCAUGCCCCCAGCCCCUCCGCCACUCCAGGUUACUUUAUUUUAUUUAUUUUUGGGCACACCGCUCAGCAUGUGGGAUCUUAGUUCCCUGACCAGGGAUUGAACCUGCGCCCCCCACAUUGGAAGCACGGGGUCUUAACCAUUGGACUGCCAGGGAAGUCCACUCCGGGUUAUUUUAAAGCAAAGACCAGACAUUAUGAUAUUUCAUCCAUCAAUAUUUCAGUGUAGACAAGCAUUUUAAAUUGUAAUAUGCAUUUAUUUUAGGCCAGGUGAUUUCAUAGGUAAGAAGGGUUCAGACUCCUCAGGGUCUGCCAGGUAGGGCCACCUGGUGGUCUCUGCUUUGCCCUCCACCUGGUGCACCAGGGUCACUGCUCUCCUGAGAGGGAACAAGGAAGCUCCUUCCUCUCUCUUGCCUUCAAGGGAGGGCCAGGAGGAAUGACCUUGGGGUCACCUGUAGGACUCCUGUAUGUGUGGAAAAGAUUGCUGAUGUGCUGAAGUGCAGGCUUCAGUGCCAAGACAGGAAUGCUUCCCACGGUGGGUGGGAGCCACGGCCUGACCAGUUAGGUCGUGGUCUUGGGGAUCUCAGCUACUUGGCCACCCAUGCACCCCCUUACUCACAUGUCCACCCAGCAGGCACCUCAUCUGCCCUUCCAUUUAUCCAUGCCCUGCCCUGGGCCCUAAUACAUGAAACACCACAGACCUUGGAAGUCUGCAAAUCAGCCCUCUCCCCUGUGUCUUCUGCCCAGGCAGAGGUUUCCCCAGGCCCCUGCUUUGUUCCCCUUCCUUAGCCCACUGAGUAGAUAUGCCUGACGCAGACUGCCUAUCUGGCUUCCAUCCCCAACCCACAGAGGCUCAACUCAGACUAAGAGACGUGACGGCUGCGGCCUGUAUGCAGACAUUCAUUUGGCCCUACCCAGGAGAGCCAGACAGGCUGGCACAUACCCUCACCUGCCUGGCAUG